AUGCAGCUCAAACGAGAUUCACAAGGUCGCGAGGUCGUUCCUAUCAUCAUCAACAACGUUGAGCAACCUCUCGAUACCGCUCGUGUUGUACCGGUCAAGAACUCGGUCUCUGGAGAGAAUGUCCAUUUCUAUGCCAGCGCAGACUCAGAAACUUGUGGUCGUGCAUGUGACGCAGCGUGGAGCGCCUUUCGAACCUGGAGAAAUGCACCGAUAACAGAGCGUCGAGGAUUACUUUUGAGAGUCGCAGGUUUAUACAAGGAACGUUUGAACGAGAUUGUCCAAGCCCAGGUAAAGGAAACCGCGUGUACUGAAGGAUGGGCCAAAUUCAACGUCCUCGCUGCAACCAACUAUAUCAACGAAUCCGCAGCAUGCGUCAGCAGUGUCAAGGGAACCAUUCCCCCGACCGACAAACCUGACACCAUGACUUUUGUCUUCAAAGAACCAAUUGGUCCGGUUCUCGUCAUCCCACCCUGGAACGCGGCUGUUGUUUUGUCGACUAGAGCCAUCAGCUCUGCCAUUGUCACUGGCUGUACGGUUGUGCUCAAGUGCUCCGAAAUGUCUCCUUUGACCCACGCCAUCCUUGUCGACAUUUUCCGUCAGGCUGGGUGUCCUCCGGGUGUCAUCAACAGUCUUCAAACCUCACGCGAAGAUGCAGCAGCUGUGACUGAGAGCCUCAUUGCAAACGAGCAUAUUCGCAAGGUCGAGUUCAUAGGAAGCGCUGCGGUCGGCCGGAUCAUCGCAGCGACAGCGGCAAAACAUCUCAAACCGACAAUAUUAGAGUUGGGUGGAAAGUGUCCGGCGAUAGUCUUGGAAGAUGCAGAUCUGGCAAAGGCUGCUCGCCUAUGCGCUCAGGGCGCCAUCAAAAACCAUGGCCAGAUCUGCUUCAGCACAGAACGUAUCAUCGUACUGCGCAGUGUCGCGGAUGAGUUCAUCAAGCUUCUGGUGGACGAAGUCCAGAAAGCGCCAGCCGAAUCUGCAGUUUCACAAAGCAUAGCACAGAACGCCGUCAGCAUUCUCCAAGAUGCAAAAGAUAAAGGAGCAAAAUUUCUCUGCGGAGAUGGCUCGCUGCAAAACAACUGUUCAAUCUCGAACACACUAGUACUGGUUGAUCCCAAGACGUCUCCAGAUCAUCUCAGAAUCAUUGACGAGGAGACCUUUGGCCCAAGCGCCAGUGUCUAUAUCGUUGACGAUGAUGCGGAAGCCAUCAGGAUAGCGAACCGCAGUGCAUAUGGAUUGAAUGCUGCGAUACACACGCGAAACCUCGAGCGAGCGAUCAAGAUGGGAAGAGAACUCGAGUAUGGUCAGGUGCAUACUAAUUCAUCCACUGUAUAUAUCAGUCCGACUGGACCUCAAGGAGGUGUCAAGGGCAGCGGCUGGGGUACACAGAAUGCUUCAUGGGGUCUUGAUCUGUAUUACAAUACCAAACAGAUCAGUUGGCACGGUGAAAAUAGCGGAAACUAG